AUUCUGCUAUCAGCGCUCGUUGAUAUCGCACGUGAUUAUUUGUUUUUAUUAUAUUUUAGAUCUUCUGUCGUCUUUGGUGGUAAUACAGUGACUGUGAGUCAUUCUCUCCCCAAUUCCGCUUCGAGUGACAAGAAAGACGUCCGAAAAAGUGUCUUUUAAGGCAAAAACCGAUUUCGAAAAUGGAAUCACAUGAAAAGAUGGCGGUGGUCGCGGGCACGCCCCGUCUGCGAGAAAACAUUGAAAUGCAAGCAAGCAAUGGAAUCACCGGUAGCACGCCGGCAAAGCAGCUCAAGGAUCUGGACGACCUCUUCCCCUACAUCGGCGACUUCGGCUGGUACCAACGGAUGCUGUUCCUGCUGAUGAUACCAUACUCCUUCUUCUUCGCAUUCGUGUACUUCGCUCAGAUAUUCAUGACGGUCGUCCCGGAGGAGCAUUGGUGUUAUGUGCCGGAGUUGUCCAAUCUCAGUGUAGACGCGCGUCGUAAUCUGGCAAUACCACAGCUAGGUGAUAAGUACGAAAAGUGCCUAGUGUAUGACGUUGAUUGGAAGACAGUUCUAUCAAGUGGCAACCUUGAGCCUAACCCAACAUGGCCGACAAAGAAAUGUUCCGAUAAAUGGGAAUUUAAUUUCACUGAUGUGCCAUACGAAACUAUUGCCACGCAGUUGGGCUGGGUGUGCGAGCGAGACAACUAUCCAGCGACAGCCCAGUCUGUCUUCUUCUGUGGUUCAAUUGUGGGAGGGCUAAUUUUUGGAUGGAUAGCUGACAAGUAUGGUCGAGUACCAGCUAUACUUGGUACAAACAUGUCUGGUUUCCUGGCGGGUGUCGGAACUGCGUUUUCCAAUAGUUUUUGGUCCUUCUGUCUGUGCCGAUUCCUUGUUGGCCUCGCCUAUGACAACUGCUUUAUGAUUAUGUAUAUUGUCGUGGUCGAGUACGUAGGACCGAAAUGGCGGACCUUCGUAGCGAACAUGUCCAUAGCUGUAUACUUCACGUUUGCCGCCUGUCUCUUACCCUGGAUCGCAUUGGCAGUCGCCGAUUGGAAGAUAUACACCCUGAUAACUAGCAUACCCCUAGUCCUGUCUAUAUUCACACCCUGUGUAGUUCCAGAGAGUGCUAGAUGGUUGAUAUCCCAAGGUCGCAUUGAGGAAGCACUGAAGAUAAUACAGAAAUGUGAGCGAGUUAAUAAUAAGAAAAUACCGGAUGAGGUUCUCAAGGAAUUCAGGGAGACGGCAACCCAAAUCGCAAUAGCGGAACAAGACCUAAAGAACUAUUCAUUCGUGGACCUAUUCAAAACGCCUCGGCUGCGACGUCACAGCAUCCUGCUCCUCAUCAUAUGGAUGUCCAUAGCCAUGGUGUUCGACGGCCACGUGAGAAAUGUGGGCUCGCUGGGCUUGGAUAUGUUCGUGACGUUCACGAUAGCGACUGCCACCGAGUUUCCAGCUGACAUUCUGCUCAUCUUGACGUUGGAUAUUGUCGGUCGACGUUGGUUAGCAUUCGGUUCAAUGGUGAUAAGUGGUUUAUUCAGUUUCGCAGCUACUGUAGUGUCUUUUGGUGUACCGUCAGCAACGUUAGCGAUAGUUGGCCGAUUCGCGGUCAACAUAUCGUUCAACAUCGGAAUGCAGUACGCGGCAGAAUUGUUGCCCACCGUUGUGCGUGCGCAGGGGCUCGCUUUUAUACACAUAACCGGUUACAUAGCCACCAUAUUGGUACCUUAUAUCGUGUAUAUGGCAACCAUUGCUAAAGAGAUCCCACUCUUAAUCUUGGGCACUAUUGGCGUAGCGGGCGGUUGUCUAUGCCUCUGUCUACCAGAGUCUUUAGGUAAAGACAUGCCACAGAGUAUACAAGAUGGCGAAGAAUAUGGAAAGGAACAGAAAUUCUGGGAUUUCCCGUGUAUGAAUAAAAAACUACGUAACUCCUCAGCAGCAGGGAAGGUUUAAAUGUAAUGAAUACAAUUAAUAAAAUUAAUUGCAUAUACAAUAGUGUUAUUUUUUUAAUAAAUUCUUAACCUCACCUCCAGUGCAU